AUGACCGACGAUGGCUCCAAGUGGACCAUCACCUUUACCGAGAAAGACCUCGACCACGUCCAGCUCCCUCAUAAUGAUGCCCUCGUGGUCACGCUACGCAUCGGAACCUUUAACAUCUUACGCGUCCUCGUCGAUCAGGGCAGCUCGGUCGAGGUCAUGUACUACUCUCUGUUUAAAGACCUGAAGCUUUCGGAUACCGACCUCCGACCCUCCGAAGUUCACCUCAUCGGGUUUAGUGGAGCUCCGGUGUGGCCCCUUGGCACAAUCACUCUCCUCGUGCGUGCCGGUUCGGUGGUCCUUGACUUGGAAUUUAUGGUGGUCCGUUUCAUCGAUGCCAAUGGACGCCAAGAGGACGUAUGCGGAGAUCAAAUUGCGGCCAAAAGGUGUUACAUCAACGCGGUCCGAAGCAGUAAGCAGACUUCCCGGGUCAACCUCAUCGAGGUCCCCGAGGCCCCAGUUCUGGAAGACGUCGGCAGACCAGCCGAAGAGAAAGCAGUAGAAGACCUUGUCACUUUCCCAAUCACUGAAGACGGCUCCCGUUACUUUCUCAUCGGUUCCUCACUCAAUGACACCGACCAAAAUGUGACGUUUGAUUUCCUCAAAAAGAACAUAGAAGUAUUCGCAUGGACCUCGUAUGAGAUGCCUGGGGCUGACCCUUCGUUUAUCUGCCACGAGCUCAACAUUGACCAAGCCAAACGCCCGGUUGUGCAAAAAGCAAGGCAAUCCUCCCCGGUCCAUUCAGAAGCCGUUAUAGACGAAGUCAACGGGCUCCUAAACGCAAAGGCCAUCCGAGAAGUGCAAUACCCUAGGUGGUUGGCCAACACCGUAGUGGUCAAAAAGAAGAACGGUAAAUGGCGAGUCUGUGUUGAUUAUUCCAAUCUCAAUGACGCCUGCCCGAAAGAUUUCUUCCCCCUUCCACAGAUUGACCAGCUCGUUGACGCAACGGCCGGCCAUGCCCGACUUAGUUUUAUGGAUGCCUACCGGGGCUACCAUCAGAUUGCCAUGAGCGAAGAGGACGUUGAAAAUACGGCUUUCAUCACCCCUCACGGAAUCUUUGGAUAUCUCGUUAUGCCCUUCGGCCUGAAAAACGCCGAUCCACCUUUCAACGAAUGA